UUUUUAACAUAAGGGGUUUCACCCUGAUGGCCAGGCUGGUCUUGAGCUCCUGACCUCAGGUGAUCCACCCACCUCGGCCUCCCAAAGUGCUAGGAUUACAGGUGUGAGCCACCGCGCCCGGCCUCAUUUUUAAUUCUUUAUGGGUACAUGGUAGUGUAUGUAUUUAUGGGGUACAUGAGAUUUUGAAUAUUUUUGAUCUGUGAUUGGUUGACUUCUGGGAUGCGGAACUCACGGAUACUGAGGGCUGAUGGUACCUAGAAUAUACGCCAUUGAAACACUGUUUGGGAGUCAGAUUUUGUGUCUUCAAACUUUUUUCCUUUAUUUUUUUCAAACCUCUAAAUGGAAGCACUUUCAAACUUUUUUCAUCAAAAUUUAAGUAUUUUCAGUUUUUUCCUUUUUAAUGUAAGUAUAUUUCUGAACAGUAAGGCAUCAGACUCCACGCAUGGUGGCUCAUGCUGGUAAUCCCAGCAUUUUGGGAGGCUGAAGCGGGUGGAUCAUUUGAGGUCAGGAGUUUGAGACCAGCCUGACCAACGUGGCAAAACCCCGUCUCUACUAUAAAUACAAAGAAAUUAGCCAGGCGUGGUGGUGCAUGCUUAUGAUCCCAUUUAUAUUCCCAGCUAUAUCUGUUGGGUUUGCCUAAAGAAGGGCACACAAGGGACAAGAGGUCAAGUGAGAUAAACCUUAAAAAUUAGAAUAAGGGGCUGGCCCGUGCUGAGGGAGGAAGGAAGGAAGAUGAGAAGCUUGAUCUGAGAGGGAACUAUGCCACAGGUGGCGGGGAGAGCAGGUUAGACCAGGUGGGGCCUUACUGCUCUGAGAGGAGGUGCUUUUGGAAGUCAGUGGCUUGAAGGAAGUCCUGGCCUGUCAGAAAAGGCCACCUCAGCCCCUGGUCUGUCAGCAAUGGCUCUGUGACCUUGGGCUGUUGUUGAAUCUUUCUGCAUCUCUGAAUCUGGAGAAUAAUAAUACCUGUCUAACCCAUCCACUGGGUUGUGUGAUAUGUCACGUAAAAUAGUAGAAGGAGAACUAGAAUGAUGAGGGCCGGGCACAGUGGCCCAUGCCUGUAAUCCCAGCACUUUGGGAGGCCGAGGCAGGGGGAUCACCUGAGGUCAGGAGUUCGAAACCAGCCUGACCAACAUGGAGAAACCCAGUCUUUACUAAAAUACAAAAUUAGCCAGGAGAGAUGAUGCGUGCCUGUAAUCCCAGCUGCUUGGGAGGCUGAGGUAGGAGAAUCGCUUGAAUCCGGGAGGCAGAGGUUGCAGUGAGCCUAGAUCAUGCCACUGCACUCCAGUCUGAGCAACAAGAACGCAACUCUGUCUGAAAAAAAAAAAAAAAAAAAAGCUGAAGGAGAGCUAGAAUGAUAAGGCCUGGGUGCAGUGGCUCACACCUGCAAUCCCAGCACUUUGGAAGGCUGAGUCAGGGGAUUGCCUGAGGUCAGGAGUUCGAGACCAGCCUGGCCAACAUGGUGAAAACCCCAUCUCCACAAAAAAUACAAAAAUACGCCAGGCGUGUUGGCACACAGCUGUAAUCCCAGCUACUCGGGAGGCCGAGGCAGGAGAAUUGCUUGAACCUGGGAGGCAGAGGUUGCAGUGAGCCGAGAUGACGCUAAUGCACUCCAGCCUCGGUGACAGAGUGAGAAUCUGUCUCAAAAAAAAAAAAGAAAAAGAAAUAGAAUGAUGAGAAUUAUUGCCCUUCCCCAAUGUCCAUUAUGAUCCUCUCAGGGAAACAAGGCAAGAAAGGAGAGAGGAAGAGAGGGAAAAAAGAGAAAAAGGGAGGCCUGGAUGAGGCGUUAGGAGGCGGGUCAGUUCACUGUGAUAGAGGGCGAGAUGAGAAAUGUUGUGAAAGCAAAGGAGCUGACAGGCAGGGCUGGAGGGCGGGGAGGCCCCUUCGCCACGCCUCAGGCAGGCAGAUAAAACGGUCAUUUAUGGUACCCACCCUAAUAGAUUAGUCAGGCCCAGGAGAAGUGAGGUCAAUUGCCCUUUAGUCCCAGGACUAACCUGCAGCUUCUGCCACAUGAGGACAUUGGGAUGGAACCCAGCCACAUAAGGAUUUGCCUCAAAGGCCACUCCAAAAGUUGAACAGAGAAAUCCCAAGGAAGCUGCCUGAAUUUGCCUGUCUACUCUCGUUCUGUAUCUUACAAAGGACCAUACAAAUCAAAUUGGUGGUUUGGUUUCCGCCAGCUGUGGAUGCCUUUGACAUUAUGACCGCAGAGGAUUCCGCCGCAGCCAUGAGCAGCGACUCGGCCACCGGGUCCUCAGCCAAGGUGCCUGACGGCGUGGCGGGCGCGCCCAACGAAGCAGCGCUGCUGGCGCUGAUGGAGCGCACCGGCUACAGCAUGGUGCAGGAGAACGGGCAGCGCAAAUAUGGCGGCCCGCCGCCUGGCUGGGAGGGCCCGCACCCCCAGCGCGGCUGCGAGGUCUUCGUGGGCAAGAUCCCGCGUGACGUUUAUGAGGACGAGCUGGUGCCCGUGUUCGAGACCGUGGGCCGCAUCUACGAGCUGCGCCUCAUGAUGGACUUCGAUGGCAAGAACCGCGGCUACGCCUUCGUCAUGUACUGCCACAAGCACGAGGCCAAGCGCGCCGUGCGCGAGCUCAACAACUACGAGAUCCGCCCAGGCCGCCUGCUGGGCGUGUGCUGCAGCGUGGACAACUGCCGCCUCUUCAUUGGCGGCAUCCCCAAGAUGAAGAAGCGCGAGGAGAUCUUGGAGGAGAUCGCCAAAGUCACCGAGGGCGUGUUGGAUGUGAUCGUCUACGCCAGCGCGGCCGACAAGAUGAAGAACCGCGGCUUCGCCUUUGUGGAGUACGAGAGCCACCGCGCGGCUGCCAUGGCGCGCCGCAAGCUCAUGCCCGGCCGUAUCCAGCUGUGGGGCCACCAGAUCGCCGUGGACUGGGCAGAGCCCGAGAUCGACGUGGACGAGGACGUGAUGGAGACCGUGAAGAUCCUCUACGUGCGCAACCUCAUGAUCGAGACCACCGAGGACACCAUCAAGAAGAGCUUCGGCCAGUUCAACCCUGGCUGCGUGGAGCGCGUCAAGAAGAUCCGCGACUACGCCUUCGUGCACUUCACCAGCCGCGAGGACGCCGUGCAUGCCAUGAACAACCUCAACGGUACCGAGCUGGAGGGCUCAUGCCUGGAGGUCACGCUAGCCAAGCCCGUGGACAAGGAGCAGUACUCGCGCUACCAGAAGGCGGCCAGGGGUGGUAGCGCAGCCGAGGCGGCCCAGCAGCCCAGCUACGUGUACUCCUGUGACCCCUACACGCUGGCCUACUAUGGCUACCCCUACAACGCCCUCAUCGGGCCCAACAGGGACUACUUCGUGAAAGCAGGCAGCAUAAGAGGCCGAGGGCGAGGAGCAGCUGGCAACAGAGCCCCGGGGCCCAGGGGUUCCUACCUCGGGGGAUAUUCUGCUGGCCGUGGUAUAUAUAGCCGAUAUCAUGAAGGGAAAGGAAAGCAGCAAGAAAAAGGAUAUGAACUUGUGCCGAAUCUGGAAAUCUCUACCGUUAAUCCAGUUGCCAUUAAACCUGGUGCAGUAGCCAUCCCUGCCAUUGGGGCUCAGUAUUCCAUGUUUCCAGCAGCUCCAGCCCCUAAAAUGAUUGAAGAUGGCAAAAUCCACACAGUGGAGCACAUGAUCAGCCCCAUUGCCGUGCAGCCAGACCCAGCCAGUGCUGCCGCUGCCGCUGCCGCUGCCGCCGCCGCCGCCGCAGCCACUGUCAUUCCUGCUGUGUCGACGCCACCACCUUUCCAGGGCCGCCCAAUAACUCCAGUAUACACGGUGGCUCCAAACGUUCAGAGAAUUCCCACUGCCGGGAUCUAUGGAGCCAGUUACGUGCCAUUUGCUGCUCCGGCCACAGCCACGAUCGCCACACUACAGAAGAACGCGGCAGCUGCAGCUGCCGUGUAUGGAGGAUAUGCAGGCUACAUACCUCAGGCCUUCCCCGCUGCUGCCAUUCAGGUCCCCAUUCCCGACGUCUACCAGACAUACUGAGGCUGGUGACCAGAGUGAAGACAGACCACACAAAUGCCACUGAAGGAACGCUUGACUAUUUAUGAAGAAGGAAUGUGUUGGAUUCGCACAUGCAACCUGAAAGUGAAGAAUGUUCAGAUGUAUUCCUAAAAUAUUUUAUAUACAUGAAGUUUUCACUAGUUUUUUAAGACUAUUUUCAACUUAGCAGGCCUGCGUUCAUACAUUUCCAAAAGACUCGCCUGGCUCGUGCCUUCAUAGCAUCUUUUAAAAAUUUGUAUGCUGUACUACAUUUGUAUACAGGUUUUUGUUGUCGUUGUUGUUUUAAGGAUAUAUUUUCAGUAUGAAGGUUAUUUUCUUAACUUCUGCACUCCAGAGAUUUCUAUUUUGUAGUACCUUCAAUAAUAUAUCAGCUAUAUAUUGAAAAAGCACACUUGAGCAGCUAGGGAACUAUUUUGAAAAAUAGAUUCAAUAUUUAAAGAUACAAACAGUAGUGCUUAAAAAUACUACAUAAAACAUUAUUUUAAAGGUUAUACUGGAAAGUGCAAUUUUAAAAUGAGGAAAACCUCUGUAUUUCUGCUGGCAUUAAGGGUUGACGGUGUCACCAUGUGUCAUCCAUGGCGGUACUAUUUUUUAAAAGAAACACUCAAUCUCUCCUUAGGCCAACAUUGAAAAGACUUGCCACACUCCUGAGUCAAAACACUGGAAAGCUGUCCUCUGCCACCAUUAGCCGGGGCUCAUUCUCCAUGUGCCUUAGCCUUGAACAUGCCCCCGAGACCCCCACCUCUCAUCUCUUCCCCUCCCCACCAAAUUCCUAGUCCCAUCGCAAUGUCUGGCAAGUCUAGGACUGAUGAAUAGCUCUGAUAGAAGAGCUGGUGGCUUUUAUACUUCUUCCUGGGUUUUUGUUGGGGUUUGUUGUUUCGUUGUAUGUUUUUUUGUUUUGGUUUGGUUGGGGAAGUAUUAUCUUCUAUGUGUGCUAUUUUCAGUAGCAGAGUAAGCACAGAUUUUAAUCAGGUUGCAUAAGACACCUUUGCAUAGCUAUUUAAUUGCCCAUUAUAAAACUUUAAUGCCAUUUCUAAUGCUUUUAUUUGUUUUUGAAGUAUGAGUUUGUAGGGACAAAGAAUGUAUGUGAUUGUAGACAAGACCCCCCCCCCCAGAGACUCUUGUCAGCAGAAAGUGAUGCUUCUAGUUGCCUUAUCAAGUUUCAUGCAGAAAUGUCUGUGGUCCUCAAGGGUGUUGGAAACAUUAUGUUUAUUAAAUGGGCCUCUCUUCUCUUGUCGUGCACUUGAUGGGCAAACUGAAUUGGGGUGUACACAUCCAGGAGGAGGAAGAGAGACCUGGAGAAGUUUAAAGGUAGUUUGUAAAUAUCUUCUAAUGCUUGUUUUUAGUCCUUUUAUGUUGCAGAAGUUUAUGAUAUGUAGUUUAAUGCAAAAUGAAACCAUUUUAUUUCAAUGUUAUUAAAAAGGUUUGUUUUAUUAGGAAGUUAAUGUAUUGUUGCAGUGUUUUGUGCCUGUUUAAAGGCUUUUUGUUUAGCAGAGUGAAUGUAAAAUACAGUAAAAUGUUAAGGUUGUCAUCUACUUUUUUCGGAAAUAUGUCAACUUGGAAUUUUUUUUUAAAGGCUCAAUCAAGGAAGUGAGGUGUGCAAUAAGAUAGCAAAUACGCAGUUGCAUUUUUAUGUCAUGUUAGAGAUCCAUACAAUCUUGCCACUCACGGGGUUUUCGUUGAUGGCUGAAUUCUUGUGGAUUAAUAAGAGGAUCAUGCCCUUAGCAAGUACUUUUGUUUUGUUAUAAAUUAAGAGAUUCCCAAAUGCCUUUCCCCCCCUCAUCUUGAGAUGAGUUUUUAUAUAUAAGCAAUAUUUAUUUAACUAUUCUAUAAAAUUAUUGAGUGCCUGCUGAGGCCUUUAAAUAUUCCUAACAUUCCUUUCCAUCAUUCUCAGAUGACAUAAAGUAAUCGUGCAAUGUUCCUGAUGAUGUACCCACAAGCUUCAUUCAAACUCAAAUCUGUUGGAAUGAGUGACUCAACAAAAUGUAAUUCAGAUCAGAUCCUCAUCCUUUGUGCGAAAAAAAGUACUCUCCUUCUAGUGAAGGAUUGUCACAGAGGUUCACUGGAUGAAACUCUGACCCAGUAUUCUUACUGUAUUUUACAUAUGCCUGUAAAUUAUUUGCAAAAGAAAAAAAAAGAAGAAAAGAAUGAAAGAAAAUUUAAAAACAAAUGAUGCCUUAACAUGGCAACCACCAAACUCUCUUAGAAACAUAUGUUGGUGACAGAGCCAGUUAAGUAUCAGUGAGCCUCCUACCUGGGACUUAUCUGUUCCUAUUGUUUCAAAACCAUUUCAUGUACACUACUGAGGUAAGUUUAUAACUUGAAAUGUGAACUUUUUUUUUUUUUAGGGUUAAGAACAAACUAUAUAAAUGUAAAAAAAAAGUUUUAGAGUUCUGUUUUCAAACAUUGCUAGUAGUUUAGUUAACUUUAGCUGCUUUAUAUUUGAAAAGCUUUUAUUUAGAUCUUGCUCCAUUUACAGUACAUUCUUAGGAUGUAUGUAGUAAAUAAAGCUUCCUUUAAAGCAGUUGCAAAACCUUAA